AGCAAGAAGAGGUGAAAGUACCUCCACACAACAAUGCACAUAGUUGACAGUCAUGCUUUUUUUCUGAACGGUGUUCUGAAUAGUUCACCUGAGCUGGGAGCAAUGGUGAGGAUAAGAAGCUGCUUCUAUAGUCCACUUGUAAAUUAUUCAGCAGUCAGCCAUGCUUGCAGAAUCCGGUUUCUUUUUUGUUGUCUGCAGGCUUGGCUAUCGGAUGACCAAACAGCGCCAUGUCAGACAGGGACACCUGACACACCCUCUGCAUGAGCCUCCACGUGAUGCAUCCUUACAAUGCUCCUCAGAGUGUUGUUAAAAUAAACACUGUUUUGCUGUUGACCGCAGCCUCCUCCAGUGUGCUAUCAUCACACAAAUGACAACCUGACGGCGCCGGCUGAGUGGCAUGGCACCCAUGUAACAGAGCAUGUUUGCAUCUCAGCAUAGUGUAUGGAAAUGAAUUGUCAGGUUUCUCUGCAGACACUCUUUCCAUUGUGUUUCCUUUCUUCAGGUGGUUAUCUGUGUGUAUCUGUGUGUAUAAUAACCAUGCCAAUGCUAUUUCAGUGCCUGAUAGUAAUCUUCAAGUCCUUCUGAAGAGAGAGUAAUUUAAGCAUCUGUGCUGGCAUGGAGCAGAACCUUUGAUCUGUGGUAUAGCUGUGCAAACAGAUGUAUCCUGGUUAUUAAGUAUUUGAUAAAUGUCACCUAUCAUCACUCCCCACCCCUUAUUCAAACCAAUCUUCCCUCCUGCAACUCCAGACGUAUGUUUGAGCAAGUUGUGGAGUGUUAUCUGUCAUAAUAUUUUGGACAAUAUUUUCAUAAACUGACAUAGUAAAGUAUGACCUAAACCACUCCUGUUCAUGUAAAUGCCGAGAAGAGAUGCACUGACAGCAGCAUAGCUCAAAUAUCGGAUUAGAAUGUAUUUAAAAAAUUAUUGGCCAGAGUCCUUAGAUGAUGUUUGGAUAGUUAUGGGAAAAGCUUGGGUGAGUCAGCAAAUUACAUAACCAAAUAUUGAUCCAUGGCAUAUUUACAUGUUCUGUGUGUGGUUGCUGAAACUACAUCUGACUUGCCACAGGUGGUGCAUGAAGAAUGCUCCGCCCCUGGAGAGCCACGGAUGCAAAUAGCACUUCGAGAGCUAUCAUUUUACACUUGAUCCUUUGGGCAAAGAGGCGCAGUCAUCAGAUCACAGGAGCUCUUUUACAAUGAAAACCAGACAGCUAUAGCCAGCUGAGGCGCACUGAAAAUUACAUUCAAUAGGAUCAGUCAACCAGCCAUUGCUAGCAUCACUGCUACAGCUAUGCCUAUUGCAGAGCUUUUGGGAGUCCAGUUCGACAUGCAGCUGCUGUUGAAACUUAGUGUCUCUGUUGCCGCAGUGCUACUGGUUUCCUGGGCCUACAGGUUCUACAGUUCUAGGAAUGUGAAGAAUAUUCAACUCUGUGCCACAGACAAGAAACAACAAAACGCAACCUGUCAAAACUGCAAGACGACAUUACAAAAUCAGAGCUCACCAAAACAUGACAAGGAUGAUAAGGACAAGCAAUCCAAGCCCUUGCAUGCAGACUCAGCCGUUGAUGAUCAGACAUCUGACAGCACCAAGGAAAUACCGGUGGAAACUCAUCCGAGUUGCCAAGUUGAAAAGAGUGAUGAUGCUUUCGGGCCAUCAAACAGUGAGCAGGAUAUCACCAUGAAAGGAGAGAUACUCACUCAUCAGAAGCAGGCACAGGUCGCCACCAGAAAUAUUUCAUCUGGACCUGCUUUGAACCUUUCUGAUCCAGCAGAGACUGGGACGGCCAGUACAAUGGGGCGCCGCUCCCCUUGCUUUUUGCAGAAGUUGGAGAGCAGUGUGGGUGUGGGCAGGGAGUUAAGGCAGGACUUGGAGCGACAGGGGGCCUACUCCAGCUUCCUCUCCAAGGCAGAGAUCAAAGUGGAGGAUGCCAGCGUAGUGCUGGAAGGAACAGACCAGAUUGUGCGUGGAAAGAUAUAUGAUUACUAUGUUGAGUCUUCUUCUCAGUCUAUUACAGAUAUAAACAAUGUGAUUGGUCAAUAUGAGAGGAGCUCUGAAUCACAGCCAGUGGAGUAUGGAAGCCGUGGCAGCAACCUCAUAGAGUCUCCUUCCUCUUUAAGCCCCAUCAUUAUGCGUGAUCUGGUUUUACCACAAAGCACUGCUGAGGAUGCUGGCUUACUAGGAAGCCUCAAACUGAGGCACCCCGUAAGGCCUGUACUCCUACGCAAAGAGAGCUAUCUGUCUGCAGCAGAGGAGUCGGAGCUUUCCAUCCCUUUUCUGACUUCAAGAGCCUCAACUCCAGUGACUCACUCUCUGGCCUCAGUCGGCGAUGAGUCUAUCUCUGUUCACCCUAUCAGCAGUCCCUCCACAGACAGAAAAGGCCUUAAUACGAGGGAGGGAGGUGAUCUAGAGACUCUAGCAGGGGCUUCAUUUGUACACCUUCCAGCAAAAAUCCCUGAUGGUACAGAUUUGGAAAUCCUAAAGAGUAAACUUGAUCUGGGUAACUGUUUGGAGACACUUUACCUGGCCAAGAAACAUGGACAAAAGACUGUGCAGCAAGCAGCCCUGGGAGUCAUGUCAGACAAUUACCUUCAGGUGCUCAGAGAUCCCAACCUUUAUGGUCGGCUAAUGGCUGGUGAGCGGGAGCAAAUCCGGAAACAGAGAAUGAUGGGGAGGAAGUUUGUUAUGGUUGCAGACAUGGACCCUCAGGACUGGGUGAAGAACACAGAGGGGCACACAGAGCAAAGGAGGAUGUCCAGUGCAGUGUAUUAUUAUGAUGACUACAAAGAUGUCUGGCAUACACUCUGCUUGAUCCCACAGGAGGUCAUCUCUAAAGCCUGUGCCAUGUGCACAAUGGAUAACUACUUGUUUGUGGCGUUAGGCUGCCAAGGCACAGACAGAGAAAUGACACCCUCAAAGCGAGUGUUUUGCUACAAUCCCUUGACAUCCAUCUGGAAAGAGAUCAGUCCCAUGAAUGAAGCCAGACCCCGCUGCAAACUGGCAGCACUGGCGGGCUACGUAUACGCAAUCGGAGGGGAGUGCCUCUCCUCAGUGGAGCGCUAUGACCCACGUUUGGACAGAUGGACAUUUGUGGCUCCACUCCCUAAUGAUACAUUUGCUGUGGCACAUCAUGUCACAGUGUGCAGUGGAGAACUUUUUGUCUCUGGGGGUUCUCUUAGAUAUAUGCUGCUGCGCUAUACCCCUAAAACCAACACCUGGAGGCCAAGUCUUGUAGUAGGCAGCAAAGACAGAACUGCAGAUAUGGUGGCUGUGGGGAGAUUUCUGUAUCGGUUUGAUGUUAACCCGCUGCUGGGUGUCAGUGUGUACCGCUACCAUACAGUGGCUCGACUGUGGUAUGAGUGCAGCUGCAAGCGGCUACUGCGCUGCCCUGCUUUCCAGUGUGUCACAAUGGAUGGCACAAUCUAUUGUGUCAGUCGCCAGUUCACCAUGAGGUUCGAGGCUGAUGAGAUCUCCCCUGCUUUCAUAGAUGAGGAUUUGAGCGUCCUCUCUGCAGCAAAGGGCAUACUUUUCCCCUUUGUGCUUUCCCUACCUGAUAAGAAGCCUCGGCAGACAUCUGUGUAACAAGGAUUUAGUUUUCGGUUGAUGAUAAGAUUAGACGGUGAUUGAGUAUCCCUUCAAGGGGAUGCUUUACAUCAAGUUUAUUGUUGAGUGAGUGGGUUUAGCUUGGUAAGGUUUAUGCUCCACCCAGCUCAUCCCCAAGUGUUACUGCAAAAUUCCAACAACUGUGCUGUCAUUUCUUUGAGAUGUUAUUAAGAUCUCUCACAAAGCCACAAAGCGUCUGAUUCUUAAUCAAUUUUAUUUUUCCUAGAUUGGAUAUUACACAAAGAAUUGUGUGUUUCUUAUGCCUCAUCCCUGGCAGUAGAUGUAAAGUAUUAAUCUCGUAAUGAUAGUCAAUUUGCUUAGAUUUACAGAGGGUGUGCUGCCAUGUAAAUUGUUUGCUUCUUUGAUUUGCCACUCCCUCUUGCCAUUUUGUUGGUUUUAUAUCAUCCCAGAUGCUUAACGUCUUUACUGUAAAGAUAAUCCAUUACAAGGUCUCAGAGUAAAUUGGUUCAUCCAACUCUAACUCACAGAGUGUAGGCAAUAUAGUGAUAAUUCAUUACUGUGUUCCGUUGUAUAGAGCACAAAUAUAACUUACACAGUGGCCUGGAUACAAUGCAAUUAUCUACAGCUGCUCUUUAAAUAUGACGGAGUGUAAAUGGGUAUGUCAUAUAAUAUGAAUAGGUGAGCUUCUAAAGCAUUUUGUCUAUGCAUUUGAAACUCUUUCAGCACUCAGACUUGCAAUUAUUUUUAUAAUUUUAGUCACUCUACUUUGGUGGUCAGAAAGAAAUGUAUUUGUUUAAAUCUUGCAGAUUCUUUGUUCAUUGUACCAAUUGAAUGUCUUUACUUUGUUAUGUAUUGUUUUAUAAACAACAAAGAAAUAAAUGAAUUUGUCUUUCAUUUCACAUUAA